UGAGCUUAUAUACACACAUGAGAGCGAGCUGCUUUAGGAGUAGAGCUCACCGUUAAACAUGGGCGGGAGAACCCCUCUUGUUGUCCUCACCUUUUCUCUUGCUGUUCUGAGCAUUGAGCUUGGGAUUUCUCAUGGCUUCCGAGAGACGGAGAGGAAAGCCCUCAUCGACUUCAAGCGUGGACUUCAUGAUCCUUCCAAUCGUCUCUCUUCCUGGGUCGGCGAGGACUGUUGUGCGUGGGAAGGAGUUGGCUGCAGUAACAUCUCUGGUCAUGUUAUUAAGCUGGAUCUUCGAAAUAAACGUCGGACGGAUCUAACUGAGGACUGCACUCAUCAGGAGGUGUACUACUUGUUGGAUGAUGAUCCAAGAUCCGAAUUGUUGGAUGAUGAUCCAGGAUGCAGAUGGGCACUGCAUGGCGACAUAACUCCAUCACUGCGUUCUCUCCAACAACUUAAUCACCUGGACCUCAGCGGCAACUGUUUUACGCAUAAACCCAUCCCCAAGUUCUUUGGAGCUUUCAGAAGACUAACAUAUCUUAACCUGUCAGGUGCAGGCUUCAUGGGUAGAGUACCUGACCAGCUCGGAAAUCUAUCCACUUUGGAGCACCUCGACCUUUCUUAUAACUGCUAUGGGGAUGAUGAAGGUGAUGGCUUCUUCUGCUUGUACCUUGAGAACACGAGAUGGAUCUCUAUGCUCACUUCCCUUCGGCACCUUAACAUGAAUUGGGUCAAUUUGACAGAUGCAUCCAACUGGCUGCAAGAUUUGAACGUGCUACCACGUGUUCAAGAGAUUGAAUUAAGUUCUUGUGACUUAGGGACCUUUCCCCGUUCGCCAUCUCAUGUCAACCUCACAUCUCUCACCACUCUUGAUUUACGAUACAAUGAUAUAAACUCCACCAUACCAGAUUGGGUGUUCAAUAUUACUAGCCUCGAGUUCCUUUAUCUUGGUUGGAAUGACCUCUAUGGAUUCUUUCCAAAUUCUGUUGCGAAGUUGACAUCUCUCAGGGCACUCGACUUGUCUGGGAGUGUGUUCCAAGAUGGCUUCAUGCAGGUAGCUCCUAUAUCCAACCUCUGCAAGCUCCAAAUUCUCUACCUGAGCCAUGUGCCUAUCAAAGAUGUGCUUGCCAAUCUAGAGAUGGUUUUCUCUAGAUGUCUUAAGUAUAGCAUGGAGGAAUUGGACCUCAGCGGCACCCAGGUGAGUGGUUCCUUUCCGGAUUGGCUAGGGAACAUCAAGAAUCUCAAAUCUCUUGAUCUUUCUUUCAACUCCCUCUGUGGAUCAGUGCCUGCAUCUAUCGGGAAUCUAUCAUUGCUGCAACAUUUGGAUUUAGAUUCCAAUGAUUUGAAUGGGACGAUUUCGGAAGGCAUCGGACAACUGAAGAGCCUUAUCUAUUUGGAUCUCAGUCGUAACUCGUUGAGCUUAUCGGAGGUCCAAUUGGCUAAUCUAUCAAGUUUAAGGUAUUUGCACAUUGUGAACAACCGCGACUCCAGAAAAAGUGGGGUAGGAGUAAUAGACAUGAUUCUCGAUGGGCUUCCUUCUAGUCUUGAGUAUUUAGAUCUUUCUUAUAACUCUCUCCGCGGAUCAUUGCCUACAUCUCUUGGAAACCUCUCUAUGCUGCAAUCUUUGUUUCUACGUUCCAGUUACCUGAAUGGGAUGCUGCCGGAAGGCAUCAAACGGUUGAAGGGCCUCUUCCAAUUGGAUCUUUACAAUAACUCGUUGACCUUAUCAGAGGACGACCUUGCUAAUCUACCAAGUUUGAAAUAUUUGGACGUUUCAUACAACUAUAUACACUUGAACAAAAGCAAUGACUGGAUCCCUCCUUUUCAGCUUCGAAGCCUCUCCAUGGAUUUCUGCCAAAUAGGGCCCACGCCCCAAUUUCCAAAAUGGCUCCGAACACAGACCACUCUUCGUCAACUAGAUUUGUCAAGUGCAAGUAUCAAAGACAUGUUUUUCGACAGGCUUCCUUCUAAUCUUGAGUAUUUGGAUCUCUCCGACAAUGAGAUCACCUGUGGUGCAUGGCAAUAUUUUCCAAAUCUAAUUAGAUUGGAUCUCAGAAAUAAUUCUUUAUCAGGACAUCUUCCUCCAAAAAUAUUAAACAUGAUGCCAAGACUCAAAUAUUUGGAUCUCUCCAACAACAAGAUUACUGGAGUAAAAGACAUGAUUCUCGAUGGGCAUCCUUCUAGUCUUGAGCAAUUGGAUCUUUCUUAUAACUCUCUCCAUGAAUCACAACUUGUAUCUCUUGGAAACCUCUCUAUGCUGCGAUAUUUGGAUUUAGGAUCCAACAAUUUGAAUGGGAUGCUUCCGGAAGGCAUCAAACGGUUGAAGGGCCUUGCCUAUUUGGAUCUCUACAAUAACUCAUUGAGAUUAUCGGAGGACGACCUUGCUAAUCUGUCAAGUUUGAAAGAUUUGGACAUUUCAUACAACUCUAUAUACUUGAACAAAAGUGAUGAUUGGAUCCCUCCCUUUCAGCUUAACACUCUUUGGAUGGGAUUCUGCCAAACACUGCCCAUGCCCCAAUUUCCGAAAUGGCUCCGAAUACAAACCAAUCUUCGUGAAUUAGAUUUAUCAAAUACAGGGAUCAAAGAAACGAUUCCCAACUGGCUUCCAUCCGGUCUCCAAUAUUUGUAUCUAUCCGAUAACAAGAUUACUGGUGAGAUACCACAAUUCCUUCCAAAAUUAAAAUAUUUACUUCUUUCGAAUAACUCGUUCUCAGGGAAUCUUUCACCAAGAAUCACAAAUAUCAUGCCAAGCUUACAAUGGUUUGAUCUAUCUACGAAUAAUAUGAGUGGUGAGAUUCCCUUUUCUUAUUGUCAAUUGAGGAAUUUGGAAGGGCUUCAGCUUUCCGAAAAUAAUUUGUCAGGAGAGGUUCCCAAUUGCUGGAAAAAUUCCUCAAAUUUACUUCUUUUAGACUUAUCAAACAACAAAUUAGUCGGUGGAGUCCCUGAUUCGCUCUGUAAUUUGCAAAUGCUAGAGUCACUGCACUUGAGUUACAAUAAUUUAUCCGGGCCGAUUCCUCAUUGUUUAAAGAGUUGCACAGAACUAUCUACUCUCGACUUGGGCCACAACAACUUUAUCGGGAACAUACCAACUUGGAUUGGAGAAAGCCUAUUGUAUCUGAAGACACUUAGCUUACGCUCGAAUGCCUUCAACGGCAGUAUUCCUCGAUUAUCUUCUCUACCAUCUCUUCGUAUCUUGGAUCUCUCCAAUAACAAUCUUUCAGGAACGAUACCACGGAGCUUUGGGAGCUUCAGUGCAUUAAAAAGCGCUCCUACAUAUCAGUGUUGUUACUUCAACAAUUAUACUCUCAGUGUGGAAUAUAUGUGGCUCUUCAUAAAAGGAAAUGAAAUCAAGUAUACCACCUCGAGACAACUUUCAAUUGAUACACUUAUUGAUCUCUCCGACAAUUGCUUAUCUGGAAACAUCCCUGAAGAAUUGGGAAAUUUGCAUGGAUUGCGAAGCUUAAAUCUAUCCGGAAAUUACCUUAUAGGUCAGAUACCAAGAAGCAUCGACGGAAUGAAACAACUAGAAGUCCUCGAUCUCUCAAGAAAUAAUCUCUCGGGUGCAAUUCCGUCCGGUUUGGCGGCCUUGAAUUUCUUGGAUCAUUUGAAUUUAUCAUAUAAUAAUCUUUCAGGAAGCAUUCCCACUGGUAACCAAUUGCAAACUUUUACUGAUCCAUCUAUCUACAUUGGCAAUCCAUAUCUUUGUGGCUCUCCUCUGCCCAAAAAUUGUACGGUGAAUAUAGCGAAGGCCAUUGAAGAAGAGCAAAAUGAAGAUUCUUCUGAGAGCAGAAUGGAAACACUUUGGUUAUACACGAGCAUCACGCUAGGAUUUAUUACCGGAUUUUGGAUGAUUUGUGGAAGUCUUUUGUUACGACGGACAUGGAGGAUCACAUACUUUCGCGCCAUUGAUAACAUGAUUGACAAGCUAUACGUGGUGAUGGUAGUGAUCGUAGCAAAAUACAGAAGGAAGCUAUGAUAACUCUGUUGUUAGAGGGUGUCGACAUAAUUCAUCCGACUUAAGCAAUAGCAAUGGUAUUGGUAUCGAUCAGUAUGUGAAAUGCUCAUGGUUUGCAUGUCUUUUCAUAACACACCGUCACAUGAUUUUAAUUUUUCCUUUUUGUGCAUACUAUAGUGACUCUGUUAUAUGAUAUGUUGAUGUUUGUCUACGUAGUUGUUUGUCAAAACUUUAUGUCAUCAAAAUAUGAGUCCUCUGCCUAUGGUU